GAUCUGCUGCAGGCAUAGCUGCUCUGUCUCUGUGAUGGCCGCAAAAAGCAAAGAGAUUAUAUUUCUAUAUCCCAUAACGGGCCACAAUCAUUGAUUGUACUUCUUUUUUUUUUUCCUACUAUAACUUAUUGUCACCAUGCAUUUGCUCGCCCUGCUGCUGCUGCUGCAGACCUGCUGCUGUCCCGUGUGGGGAUAUUUCGCGGAGGAGCGCUGGAGCCCCGAGUCUCCUCUGCAGGCUCCUCGUCUCCUGCUCGCCCUCAUUUGCAGAAACUCCGAGCACUCCUUGCCCUAUUUCCUGGGUACAAUCGAGCGCCUCAACUAUCCCAAAGAUCGCAUGGCUCUCUGGGUAGCAACCGAUCACAAUGAGGACAACUCUACAUUCAUUCUGCGUGACUGGCUUUUAAAGGUGCAGAACCUUUACCAUUAUGUGGAGUGGAGGCCAGAGGAACGAACCAGAACAUACAGGGAUGAAGAAGGUCCAAAACAAUGGACAGAUCUGCGUUAUGAGCAUGUUAUGAAGCUUCGGCAAGUAGCACUCGAGUCUGCUCGUGAAAUGUGGGCUGACUAUUUCAUGCUGGUGGAUUGCGAUAACCUCCUCACCAAUCCCAACGUGCUCUGGAAGCUCAUGAAAGAGAACAAGACCAUAAUCGCGCCGAUGCUUGAGUCCCGUGCAGCUUAUUCAAACUUCUGGUGUGGAAUGACCUCCGAGGGUUACUACAAGCGGACGCCUGCUUACAUACCUAUCAGAAAACAGGUACGGAGGGGCUGCUUUGCUGUCCCCAUGGUUCACUCCACGUUCCUGAUUGACCUCAGGAAAGAGGCGUCCAAGGAGCUUGCCUUUCACCCCCCACAUCCCCAGUACAGCUGGGCUUUUGAUGACAUCAUUGUGUUUGCGUUCUCUACUCGGAUGGCAGAUGUUCAAAUGUUUGUAUGUAACAAGGAGACCUACGGUUACUUACCUGUACCGCUACGGGCCCACAAUACUUUGCAAGAUGAAUCUGACAGCUUCUUGCACUCCCUGUUGGAAGUUAGUGUGAGACACUCCCCAGUGAGGCCUUCAAAAUACAUACCUGUUCCCACAAAACAACCCGACAAAAUGGGCUUUGAUGAGGUGUUCAUGAUCAACCUGCAGAGGCGGACUGAUCGCAGAGAGCGUAUGCUGACGGCCCUGCAUGAGCAGGAGAUCGCAUGUAAGGUUACUGCUGCUGUAGAUGGAAAGGCAAUGAAUGUUAGUGAAGUUCAGGCUAUGGGCAUCCACAUGCUCCCUGGAUACAGUGACCCUUACCAUGGUCGACCGCUGACAAAGGGAGAGCUGGGCUGCUUUCUCUCCCACUAUAACAUCUGGAAAAUGGUUGUAGAGCGUGGACUGCAAACAUCUCUGGUGAUCGAAGACGACCUGCGCUUUGAGGUUUUCUUCAAACGUCGCUUGAUGAAUCUGAUGAGUGAGAUUGAUUCUGAGGGACUAGAUUGGGAUCUCAUUUAUAUUGGGCGGAAAAGAAAUCAAGUGGAUCACCCAGAGAAAGCAGUGGCAAAUAUACACAAUUUAGUUGAAGCUGACUAUUCAUACUGGACACUAGGUUAUAUGAUAUCAUUACAAGGUGCUCAGAAGCUUUUGAAUGCAGAACCACUAAAGAAGAUGUUGCCAGUGGAUGAAUUUCUUCCCAUCAUGUAUAAUAAACACCCCAUCAAGGAUUAUAUGGAUCAGUUUGAAACCAGGGAUCUCAAGGCGUUUUCUGCAGAGCCUCUUCUUGUGUAUCCAACGCACUAUACGGGUGACCCGGGCUACAUCAGCGACACUGAGACUUCCACUGUUUGGGACAAUGAAAAGGUCCGCACGGACUGGGACAGAGCACGCUCAGGAAAAACCCGGGAGCAGGCCAAGAUCAGCAGCGAGGCCCAGAACUCAGAUGUGCUCCAGUCCCCUUUGGACAGUAUAGCACGGGAUGAGCUGUGAGAGGAUCCACACAAGAACCAAAGAUGUAAACAUGCAAAAGGACACAGCAGCUCGCGUUUUUUCAUCCUUAAUCAUUUUUGAUUUGGUGUGAUAUAAAAGUUUAUAGAUAGAUUACAUUUCUCAGCUGUGACAAGUUAAAAAGGGAUCAUGGAGGGUUUGUUGUAUGGGUAUGUUUUAGUUAAAUAAGGCACUAGACUUGCCAUUUUCAAUGGCAUUUGCAGUACUCAUCUUCUGUCUGUCAUACAGAAAUUAGGUGCAUUAUCAAGGAGUUGCAUUGUGCUGGUACAGUUAGAUUUAACAUUACACUUUGAAAUGUUUUUUUUUGUUUUUUUUGUUAAUAAUGUUUUCUUAAAAUUAAAAAUGAAUAAGGGUACAGACAAAAGCAAGACUUAAAUUAGGACAUUCCAGUUGUAAGUCUUUUUUUGUUACUUAUUUCUUUAAAAUUAAAAAAAGUUGUCCAUA